GUUUAAAGAUGACUGGGAGCCAUCUUACACACUCGCUUUACACCCCUAAAUAUAUGCCACAACUCUACACCUAAAACUCACAAAUUUAAACCCACAGAGAGCUAUUCUCAGCCACAUUAGGUGGAAAACCUUUUGAAAUUGUUGUUGUCGAUGCAUAGAUGAGAAAGGAAUGGACAGAAAAAUAGAAAAGACUUGCAGUAGCUUCCUGGACCCUGGUCUUUGAAACUUUUGCAAAGGAGGGAUUCCUUGAUUCGUGGAAGGAUAAUUGAAGCUAUUCUUCCUGCUUCUAAAAUCUGUGACCAGUUGCUUGAGUGACGUUCAUAUUAAAAUGUUCCACAAGAGACUUUCAUAUUGAGGAACAAGGAACUGCUUGAAAAUAUUGCUUUAAAUUUUGUUGUGUGCUUUGGAUGCUGUGGGAAGAGCAACUGGUAAGUUGUUUUGCAAGCCCAUCAGGAUAAAGUUAUCUCCAUUGUUAUUGUUGCUCACUGUUUGGAAGAGAGAAUAUUAAAAGUCAUGAGUACCGCAAGAAUGGAGAAUCCAGUGAUUCUGGGACUGUCGAAUCAGAAUGGCCAAAUGCGAGGCUCUGUAAAGCCAGCAGGGGGCCCUGGAGGUGGUGGAGGUGGGUCCCAAACAAUGCAGCCUGCCCAGGUAAAGGCCCCCAGUACAGUCAUCAAUGGCAACUCCUUGCCAGCACCCACAGCCAACACCAUUAUCAAGGCUGGGGAUGACUGGAAGAAGAAUCUAAAGCUUCCUCCAAAGGAUUUGCGCAUGAGAACUUCAGAUGUGACGUCGACCAAGGGAAACGAGUUUGAAGAUUACUGCCUGAAACGAGAGCUUCUUAUGGGCAUCUUUGAAAUGGGCUGGGAAAAACCAUCACCUAUACAGGAGGAGAGCAUUCCCAUUGCGUUGUCUGGGAGGGACAUUCUGGCCAGAGCCAAGAAUGGAACAGGAAAAAGUGGCGCCUACCUCAUUCCCUUACUUGAACGCAUUGACCUGAAGAAAGACAGCAUACAAGCAUUGGUCAUUGUGCCCACUAGAGAACUGGCUCUACAGGUGAGUCAGAUAUGUAUCCAGGUCAGCAAACACAUGGGUGGGGUCAAGGUCAUGGCAACUACAGGUGGAACCAACCUCCGUGAUGACAUCAUGAGACUCGACGAAACGGUGCAUGUUGUCAUUGCCACUCCAGGAAGAAUUUUAGACCUCAUCAAAAAGGGAGUGGCCAAAGUCAGCCUAGUACAGAUGAUCGUGUUGGAUGAGGCAGAUAAGCUGCUGUCACAGGACUUUGUUAAGAUGAUGGAGGAACUUUUGAGCUGCUUGGCCAAGCAAAGGCAAAUUCUACUGUACUCUGCCACCUUCCCCCUGAGUGUGCAGAAGUUCAUGAACUCCCAUCUGCAGAAACCCUAUGAGAUAAACCUGAUGGAGGAGCUGACCCUGAAGGGGGUUACCCAGUAUUACGCCUAUGUGACUGAAAGGCAGAAAGUCCAUUGCCUUAAUACACUCUUUUCCAGGCUCCAGAUCAAUCAAUCUAUAAUCUUCUGCAAUUCAUCCCAGCGAGUGGAGCUCCUGGCCAAGAAGAUCUCUCAGUUGGGAUACUCUUGUUUCUACAUUCACGCCAAGAUGAGACAGGAACACCGAAACAGAGUGUUCCAUGAUUUCAGAAACGGCUUAUGUCGAAAUCUCGUCUGCACUGAUCUCUUCACAAGAGGAAUUGAUAUACAAGCUGUGAAUGUUGUGAUCAACUUUGAUUUUCCCAAACUUGGGGAGACAUACCUCCAUCGCAUUGGCAGAUCUGGUCGAUUCGGGCACUUGGGACUUGCCAUUAACUUGAUCACAUAUGAUGACCGCUUUAACCUGAAAGGUAUUGAAGAACAGCUGGGUACUGAGAUAAAGCCCAUUCCCAGCAGUAUUGACAAAAGUCUAUAUGUGGCCGAGUACCACAGUGAGAGUGGCGAGGAGGUUAAACUGUGAGCAAAAGAGAUCACCAAUCCUUUGUCUGUCUCCCCCACCCACUGUGUCUAUGGAAUAGUUUCUUUCUUUUUUUUUUUCCUCAACUCUUCCAUCUGUCUUCCUCUUUCCCCCACUUUUUUUUUUUUCUCGUCUGGUGCCACCGCAAGGAAUGUGACGUUGCAACUGCCCAAUAAUCGUGAAGGACUUGUGGCCUAAUACAGGACUGCUGCGCACUUUUUCCACCCUGAAGACUUUUAAUCACUUAAUGAGGAGGGAAAGAGGGGAAACGAGGAUUUGAAUUAUCAGCAGAGGAAAAAGUGACUACUCAUCGCCUGCAAGCACAUCCUCAACCCGCACUCACACUAUCCCUUUGCAUCAUGUUUCUAGUCAUUUGAAACAAGUGCCUUAACAAGCAGUUUAACUUGUUCAAAAAGUAAUAACCUGAUUUUUCUUUUUGCCACUUUUUUUUUUUUUUUUUGAGACUAGAUCAUCUUGUUUUUCUCACUUUUGCAUAGCUUUUCAGCUCCCCACCAUUUUACAUCAGUAGAUCCAUUUUGCAACUGCCACCUUUAGAGUUUUAUGGCGAUUUUAUUACGAAGAACAGGAUUUUGCAGCAAAAGAGUGGUGAGGCAGCAUGUGUUAUUGUGCGGCCUUUGGUGUACUUACUAUGGCGUGAAGAAAAACCCCCUGGAGAACUGCGAUAUCGGUGACAAGCAUAAUUGCAAGGAUAUGAGGCUAAUGUUCCUGUGGCAAGCUUUCAAAAGUCCUGCAAAGGCUCUCAAUGGCUUUUUCCUUCAACUGCUCAUGGAACAUUCCAUGCCUCUAGAGACCCAUAAUUCUUUCCCCCUCUGUCUUCAGUGGGCCAACACUAAGAGGGACUUGACCAGACUCAGACCAGCCUUUUCUUUUCUUUUCUUUUUUUAUUGCAGUUUCACAUUCUUAAUGGGUAGGCACUCUGUCCUAAAUGUGCCAUUAAUACAGAUCUGGGCACAUUGUAAACAUUUUGUAAAUACUUUAUUUAGGGUUUUUUUUUUUUUUUUUAAUGGAUUGUUUUAAAAUGAGCUAAAGAGGCUGAGUGACCAUUAGAAGUUGUUGAAAAGAUCUUUUAAAUAUUGGGUUCUGUCAGCACUGGAUGGCACUAUUUUGUUUGCAUAUCCCCACCCUCCAGUUGGGAAAGUAAAGCCAAGUUUAUACAAAUGCACCACCUUCAGAAAAAUUGGACUUGUGUGUUUUCUUUUUUUUUUGUUUUCUUUUUUUUUUUUUUAAAUCCCUAAAGAGUCUAUUUGAGUAUAAGCUUAAAGGCAUUUUCCUCAAGAAUAUUGUUUGACCAGGUGGUGCAGUCGUUCAGAUUUGCACUUGUGUGUUCUAAAUUAUUCAAUCUCAUUCGUUACCCAGUGUUGACAAGUUCCUGAAGUUGGUUGCUCAAAUGGCCUUUAAGAAUGAAAACAUGAGGCUUAUUAGCUUUCCAACCUUUUGCUUGUAAAACUAACUUGAGGCACUCUACUGGGUCCCCUAGCUGGGGUGACUUAUCAUAGAGGUAAUUUAAUAUUUUCAUCAUGUAAUAGUGCUACUCGCUGCAGUGCAGCUCAAAUUGGCAAUGUACAAAAAAAAUAUUGAAUUUCUAAGCGAGAUGUGUAGCUGUUACAUGGGUUUGUGUUCCCUGCCAUUGGCAUUGGGACAUGAUGACUAAACAGACCAUUGGGGGUGGGAUGGAUUGAAAGACUUUCCUCACUGGAAAAAGGAAACAUGGACAAAAAUCUAAAACAAACUGGAUGCCAAGCAUUCUAAACAUUGGACUGACAAUGUAGUGGCAAAGAGAUCUAGUGCACAGUAAGUCAACUGGCCUUUUUGUAAUAAGAUGCUGCACAGACUUAACAGAAUCUAAACCUUUGCAAUGUGGGCUGCACUUAGUUUGAACUUUAGUUCAGGGGUUGGGCAAUAAUACGGGCUGCACUUGUGCUAAGGGCACUUUUUCUGUAAGAACAGAAGUGUUUAGACCGACCGGGAACAUUUUUUUUCGGGGGGGGGGCGGGGCUUGGAAAUACUGUGGCAGGGACAUGGGUAUUUCAUGGGUGCUGAUAACCAAAUAUUUUUUUUGCAGCAGCAGCAGAAUAUUUAUCUCCCCCAAACACUAAUAGCCUUUCAAGAUUGAGUGAAUUAUUUUAUUUUUUUGCUGGGGAUUGACUUUGGCUUGUUUGAGACACUUUAGCCCUUCUGCUGCUUUUAGAUAAGUUGGAUGUUUUGACCCUUAAAUGUUUGAGGGUUAUAUCUUUAUGGGGUGGGUAGGAGUUGGGAGGGUUGCAAUUUUGCCUUUUGGCACAGAAUUGACCUGAAAUUUAUUUUACUUUAUGCGGAUUAACAGGUGUCCCCUUUUCAAAAAUCAAAUACAGGUGAGAUGUUUCUUUUAUAAAUCGGAUCGGCAUUGUUUACUGGGAAGUGUCUCAAUUAGAGUUUUUCCAAAUACAUUUAAGCUAAAGGUUGUAUUUGAAGCAUUAGUAGCAAAAUUUAAAGUUACUGUGUUGUUUGGGACCCGCUUAUCCUUUUCCAAAACUUGCAACACUUUCCCAGUAGCAUUGCUUGAAUCUAAUCUUGUAUGCUCUUCUCUAUAGCACAUUACCUCUCUGUGUGCACACAGAUGCCCCACCUUUUAGUCAUCUUGGUUUCUUUUGGGGCCAUUUGAUUGGGAGAUCUGCUCUAGAGAGGAGCAUACGAGUUAAUGGGCUCUUUGGCAGCAGCCUUUUUUUUUUUUUUUUCUCAAUCGCCACUUGCCGUGAAAAUCACAGUUUGUUCAUGACCUGUUGUAAACCAGCAUGUGAUUGGAUGUGCUUGGCCUUUUCUGAAGUGGUUGGGGUUUUGGUUAUCUUAUUUUUAAUUCAUUACUUUAGAAGAAUGAGGUGGAGAACAUCUCGCCUGUUCCUGUUUAAAAUCUAAAAUAAUUGAUGUGUGCUAAAAUAUUCUCUCUUCAAAAUCCACUCAUUCUUCAGGUUUUGUUUUUAAUUUAUCUUUUUAUUUUUGGGUGGGUGGGAAGGGUGUUUUGCUGCCCUGAUGUAUCUGUUUCUUAAUUCUGGACACUUGGCCAGUUUACAAUAAUCAGCCUGUUCAGUCUUGCAGUGUUUGGAUACAUCAGUCUGGGGGUGGGGGGGUGGGUGGAGAGAAUUGGGAAUAAAAAAAAUUGAAAAACAAUUCCGGAGUUCUGGGUAAGGAAAAUUCUAUCUCUAAACUUUGCCCUUAGAUUUGGGAUUUUUUUUCUUUUCUUUCUUUAAGUGAACAUCUGUUUGAUAUUGCAUUUAAAAAAAAAAAAAAAAAAGACCAACCAAAUUUAUUCGAAAUCAAAAGUUCAUGUUUUUGUUUUGAAAUUUGGCAAUUUCAAUUGGCAUUGUUCUCAGUGAUGCUACAUUUUAAAGAUUGAGGUUUUGUGAUGUGUAAAUGCAAUGGUUAACAUCUGUGAUGGUUUUUGUUUGAAAAUAAAGCUCACUGAAGUU